AAACACCGCCCCCAUGUGCUCAUAUUUCAUAAUGCCAAAAUAAGAGAGAAAAUACUUAGGCCUAAUUUACUUUUUUCUAAAAAGGCUUCAGUAAAAUUUUCUUUUCAAUUUCUAUUUAAAAACUUGAUGCAGAAGAAUGGCAAUUGUAGUGUUGAUGGGUGUCUGUGGAAGCGGAAAAUCCACGGUUGGCAGAUGCCUUUCUGAAAAGACUGGUUGGCCAUUUGUAGAUGCAGACGACCACCACCCAAAGACAAACAAACAAAAAAUGGCAAAGGGAAUUCCCCUGAAUGACGAGGAUCGACAUGGAUGGCUUCUCACCUUGCACCACAUUCUAAGAAGCUGGAAGAUUAACAACCAGAGUGGUAUUCUAGCCUGCUCUGCUUUAAAAAGAAGCUAUCGAGAAAUCCUGUGCACAGGACGGACAGAAAUAGGACAUAACAGUUCUGAAGGGACAACAGACAAUGCAGGAACUUUAAAAGACAGCAUUAUCUUUGUCUAUCUUAAGGGAUCAGCGGAGGCCAUUUUGUCCAGAAUGACGGGUCGGGACAGUCACUUCAUGCCAGUGUCGUUACUUGAUUCCCAGUUUAAGACACUCGAGGAACCACAUCCCGAAGAAGGAAUAAGGGUUUUAACUGAGGAUAUCUGCCAGCCGGUUGAAGUUAUAGUAAGACACAUUUUGGACUUUGUCUCAGCACAAAGCAAUGGCCUGAAAUUAUGAAA